AAACCCACAGACACCCCAAGCCCCCAGUGUUGGGGCUCAGUGGGGUUGGAGCUGCAGCCCCAGAGCCCCCUGUGAGCCCCAAGGGGGGUUUGGGGCUCUGGUGCCUGCCCAGCCAUGGCAGUGCCAAGGGGGUGUCCCCAAUGGGGCUGUGGCCAAAAAUGGGGCCUGGGUUUCCUUCUGCCUUUGUCCCCAAGGUUGGGGACAUCCUGGGGAUGGGAGGGGCUGCAGGGCAGCGCUGGAACUGGAACUGCCCAGAGCCAGAGCCUGGGAGGGGUGGGCAGGGAGGGACAGUGCCCAGUGUCCUCAGAGCUGAGGUGGCACCUCCCAGCUGAGCCCCCUCUGGUGCUGCCAGGGCUGGUCCUGGGGCUGAUCCUGGGGUUGAUCCUGGGGCUGAUCCUGGGGUGGAUCUUGGGACUGACCCCAGGACUGACCACAAGGCUGGUCCUGGGGUGGAUCCUGGGAUGGAUCCCAGGGCUGAUCCUGGGCCUGAUCCCAGGGCUGAUCCCAGGGCUGACCCCAAGUCUGAUCCCAGGGUUGAACCCAGGGCUAACCCCAGGGCUGACCCCAAGGCUGACCCCAAGGCUGACCCCAAGGCUGACCCCAGGACUGACCACAAGGCUGACCCCAGGGCUGACCCCAGGGCUGACCACAGGGCUCAUCUCAGGGCUGACCCCAGGGCUGAUCCCGGUGCUGACCCCAAGUCUGACCCCAGGGCUGACCCCAGGACUGACCCCGAGUCUGAUCCCAGGGCUGACCCCAAGGCUGACCCCAGGGCUCAUCUUAGGACUGACCCCAGAGCUGACCACAGGGCUGACCCCAGGGAAGACGUUCUGCACAGCUGGAGGUGCUGUGUCUUCACGCCAGGAUCACCUGGGUGAGCUGGAGCUGCGACCCUGGGGGACAGAGGAGCUCUCUGGGCACUCCCUCCCUUCUACCCUGGGCACACUGGGGGCUCCCCAGGAUCCCCCCACCAAACCCAGGAGGGCCCAACAGGCACAACCAAGACAUUGGAGCAGGAUGAGCAUGGAGACGACGGAGGACAGACGGACAGGGCUGUGGAUGGAGAGCGCGGCCGAACGGAACCGGCUGCUUCUUCUUGGCUUCUGGGUUUGA